AUGUCGAAACUUAAAAGAGGAUUAACUAAAGAUUUCGAAAAGGAACAGGAAGAUCAAGCGCUAGCAAAAGAAGAAUUGUUUUAAGUAUUACUGAUAUCACCAUAAUAAUAAGCCCGUUGUAUAAAUUUAUCAAGAUUAUCAAUAUUUAUCAGAAGAAUAAAUAGAUGUUAUUGCUAAAAUACUUCAGGUUAUUGAUUUUUUUAAGGAAAAUUGUCCUGACACAUAAACUUUAAUGGAAUUUACUAAAUUAUGUUGCCAAAAUCUCAUUUAUGAAUUCAUUCCCAAAGAUUCUCCUGUAUUCAUAUUGGUAGAUAUUACCAUCAUAUUUAGAUGAUGUUGGUGAUAAAUUUUAUAUAGUAUUGAGUGGUAGAGCAGGAAUCUAUAUAAGAAGAUAACCAGCAUCUAUUGAAGCUGAUGAGGCUGCUAUUUAACCAAGAAUUUUAAAAAUGAUAGAAAAAAUGCAUUUAGAAUCUAUUUCUCAAUUAUAAGGAGAGGAAUUGAUGAAAUUUUAUGGUUAAGUCAUUAAAAAAUAGGCUAAACCAUAAAAAGUUAUUGAUUCUGAAUUAAUAUUAUUUCGAUCAGGAAAUUUUGAUAAAUAUUUCACCAACUAAGGAAUUUGUAAAUUUAUGUUAGUUGCUUAAAAAUAAUCUGGUACAAUUUUUGGAGAAAUGGCAUUAACUAAUGAUAAACCUAGAACUGCCAGUAUUUUUGGUUUAACUGAUCUGAAAUUAUUAUCAUUAUCAAAAGCUAAUUUUAAGGUAAUUUUAAGAUAUCAAUAUAGUAAGUGGGAGAAAAAGGAAUGAAAGCAUUGCAAUAAAAGAUAGACUAUUUUUAAAAAAUGUUUCCACAUAUGACGAAACAUAAAAUGUCUAAACUUAUUUUGUAUUUUUCAUCUGCUAAAUUUCCAGCUAACUUUUUCAUUUGGAAAUAAGGAGAUGAAACAGAUGGAUUCUUAUUAUUAAAAGAUGGUGAAAUGUAACUAUUAUAAAAUGUUGAAUUUCCAAAACCAACAAGCCAAAAUAAUGUAGAUUUUACAUUAAUGUGUUUAUUCCAAAGUUCUAAACAGGAAGUUAAAGAGAUUAAAGAAACUAUUAUAUUAACUAAUCUAACAGGAGGAUGUUUUGUUGGAGAAACAGAAGUUGUCUAAAAAAAGGAAAAAAGAGAUUAUUCUGUUAAAACAUUGACCAUUUGUAAUUGUUAUUGUCUAUCGUUAGAAGUAAAAUAUUAUUUUAAUUAUUUUUGAGAAUUAUCACAUAGUGAGAAAAACAUUUCCUGAAUUUUUUUAAGCUCUAAAUUCUUUAUAACUAAGAAAUAGCUAUCUUUUCAAAAAAAUAAUUGAAGAUAUUGUAAAGACAAAGAGUUGUAACUUUUACCUUACAAAAAAGGAAGAAGCGUUAGCUGUUGAAAGAAGAUAUGCAAAUGAAUUUAGUAAAGAUGAAGCUAAACCACUCUUGUCAUCUCCUAUACUUCGUUCAACAUUUUAAUCAAAACUUUCAAAGUAAUAAAUGGUUGAAUAAAAUAAAUCAAUUAUUGAUUAACAUACUAAAUUGGAUGAAUAAUUUGGUGAAAAAUAAGAAGAAUUCAAUAUGUUAAAAUUGGCAGGAGAUAAUUUCUAAAAAUGUCUUCUUAUAAGAGUAGAAAAAUAAUUUGAAUAGUUUUAGCCAGCAAAACCAAAGUAAAUAUGAUAUUUUUAUCAUGUAGAUCCAAAACUCCCUAUUUUAAUAAAUAAAAUAACACAGCCAAAGAUUUAUUAUAAUCAGUUCGUCGUAGAUAAUUUCCUUCAUUUGCUACAAAUAUAGAUUAAUUAUCUGCAAGAUAAUCUAAAGAAGAAGAUUCUUAAUAAUUACCGUUAAUAAAAGUAGCUAAAUAACAUAUUAGAGUUGUAAAUCCAAACAUUUCAUCAAAAGUAGAUAUUAUAAAAUCAAAUUAUUAAUCAUUUAUGAAAUCAAAAUCAAUGAGUUCUAAAUUAGAUAGAUUAUCAGAAAAUUAAUUGUAAGGAUUUAUGUUGACAGAUUCUAUAAAUACUUAUCAUCCAUUACAUAGUUUUCAAAAUAAAGAUGAUUAAACAAAGAAUUAAAAAAGAGUUAAAACCUAACCUAAAGUUGACUCUGAUUUAAAAAAAUCAAUAUUAUGA